AUGCAACUUUUGGCGCUCUGGUGCUUCCUAGCGUGUAUAUCGAAGUCUCUUGCUGAUGCUGAUAUCGGAACAAAGACCAUAACAAUGACCAACGUUGCUGGUGUUGUGAUCACGCAGCUUUCAACAUACAUUAUCACGUCGGGUACCAAUACUGGUACAGGGACCACGACAACAGGCCCCACAACUACUGGCCUCACAACAACUGGUCUCACAACUACGACAACACCAGUCGCUGGAGCAGCUACGACUACUUCCUCUACAAGCUCCACGGGUACAACGACCUCAACCCCAACAACAACAGCUAUUGCUGCUGCUGCCACUACCAGUUCUUCUUCGUUAUCUUCGUCGUCAACUACUACAACAGGACUGAUCACGACUUCCACACCAACCACUGCUCUCACGACUGGGACUAGCUCUUCUGGCUCUUCUACUGGCUCCUUGGAUUCUUCUUCUUCGAGCGAAAAAUCUGCAACUUCCUCAAAUACCGCAACUGAUGAGAGCAGCAAGCCCACGAGACCUGAUCCCUCUACCGCUGCCACGCCAUUAGCAACUACCCCGGUGACCACACUCUCAGUUCAAUCGUACGUUACGAUUACGGAAUCCAAGACAACAUACACAACCACCAAUGGUCCAACCAUUAUUUGGGUGACCGUUUACACGAAUGGAUAUACCCUCACUCCUUCUACGACUUUUGCUCAGCAGUUCAGCUCUCAAUACACUGCCAUUGCUUCGCCAUCGUCAGGUGCUAUCGGUUUGGGAACUUUGAGUGGUGAGGUAGGGAAAGUUAAAUCCACCGAAUACCUGACAAUUAGCAAUAAUGGGGCCGCGCAAGGGCACGUUAUGACAAGUGGAUUGUUGGCGUUAUUCUUAUGGUUUAUAUAA